AUGAAUAAACGAGCCGAUACUCAUUCGGAAAUGCCCCGCAAACGACGAAGGCUCUCUAUGGAUUCGAACCCGCGUCCGCCUACCUGGCCGCCUGCCCAGGUUCCUGUCGAGAUCUUCGACGAGAUCACCACCUACCUGUCUCGAUCCGAUGUGAAGAAUCUUCGCCUGGUGAAUCAUGAGUUCGACCGCAUGGUCUCGGCCAAAUACUUUCGCAAUGUCGUCGUUCCUUUUCGUUCCGAGAUGUACAAGGCAAGGAAGGCGGUGCAGGAGGACGACGACCUCCCGACCCAGCCAUGCACCGACACGCUCUUUUCGAGCGGCAUGCGCAUCUUUCAGUCCUUUGGCGAUCACAUCCUCCGAUUCGCCCUCUCUCUGGAGUUGGAUGAGGAAAGCUUGGCAUACCCUCCCAUCAAGCCAACUCAAAAAGCCGUCACCUCCUACUGGGGAAUUUACAGGUGGCCCCACGAGUCGUACCAUCGCUAUACGGAACUCGAGGGCUUGGAGCAGACCGCCGACGAAACCGCGUCCAUGAAAGAGGCCCUGAGGUGCUUGUCAAAGGUGCAGGAGCUUGGACUAUGCUGUGACGCUGGGUUGGGUUAUCUUCUGGGGCCGGACCAGCAGCUUGAGAGCCCUCCCUUGCCACAUCCAGUAUUUGGCCUGCGCAAUCUGCGAUACAGGCUUCUGCAGCAACGUAUGGGGAGAUCUGAAUCGGCUAGCAUGAACGCGCGGAAGCUCGCAUUCGAAAGUCCUCGCGACUUCAAGUAUACUGUCCUGGAGUCGAUGGUGAGGAACGCGGGCUACACGCAGGGCCAGGCCAAAGACGCCAUCUCGAUGCUUUUAAGCACCGAAAAUGUGUCACUGAUGAACAUCGAUUUCGACGAGCGCAACACCGCCAUGGAACUAGGCUCGUAUGGCCACAACUUCGGUGGCCAAACCCAAGCUGUCAACGUCAACAACGUCAACAACGUCAAUAAUAUGAUUACAAAUGCCAACGCAAACGCAAACGCCAACGCCAACGCGAAUCCCCCUUCCGACGACGGCGACGCUGAGGACACCAUGCAACGGGCCGUGGCAGUGGCUCUAAGCGAGUCGACAUCCGCUCAUCCCUUGCAGCCAAGAAAUCUGACUAGAGCUCAGAAAGAAAUGCUGUUGGAGCUUGAGUGGGCACACCGGGCACUCAUUCAGUCAUACGUGAUUGCCCUCAUCGACAAUGCUCGUACGAAUAGCUUCAGCUCACUAACGACUUUGACAAUCGCAAAGAUACCCAGCAGCCACAUCUUCAUGUUCCAGCGACCCGACUUUUGGCAAAGUUUGCCCAAUCUGACAAAUGUCGCUCUUGCAGUUGUUGCGGAUUGGCGUCAUGUGGCCAAGGUUGCUCCAGGGUGUGUCGAGGACUACUCCGUCUCUCCGGUGGAUGCUGUCGCCAAAGUUCACGGCCUGCUACAGGACCAUAUCUCGAAGCAGCCCAACAUCACGUUCCUCCAUUUCGAGUGGAUAUGUGGCGGUGAAUUUGCCCCAGGGUUGACACAGAGGAACUCAUAUGUUCUUCCGGCGCCUUUCUGCACUCCAACCCAGAUGCUGGGUCACGACACUGCCAUGGUACCAGGUCGUCUACUUUCAUUGCCGCACAUCAAGCAUCUGUCUCUGAAGAACUGCUACAGCACACCGCACGUAUUUUUGCAGGUCAUUCGAACAAUGGGCGAGCAGUCUCUCGAGAGGUUGGAGCUGGAGACUGUGUCAUUGACGGGACCACCCUUGCGACGUCAGGGGCACAUAGCCGUCUUCAUGCAAGGGCACGCCGCGGGACACUUGCCUCUCCAACCGCUCGUUGCACACCAGGCUGUUCAGCAGCUUCAACUACACGGUCCAGCUCAGGGCCCUGCCAACGCGGGCGCUCCGCAGCCUCCACCUUUGCCGCCUGCGCCUAAUGCGAACCCUCAACCACCGGCACUACCACAUAUCCAGCCAGGCAUGGCAGCCGCUCAGGGUUUCAAUGUUGUUGCGAAUGCGCAAGUCCAGCCAGUGGCUGGUCCCGCCCAAGCAGAAUUUGAACUCGGCGGGUUGCGAUUGCGGCGUCCUGACUUACUCACCUGGGCGGGAAUAAUCGAGCGUCUAGCACCCGCGCCUACCAUUGCAGAGCUCACCUCUGCCCAAGAUGUUGACGACGCAUCGGUCGGCGAUGACCCAAACAAAGAUGAGGGUUACCGUUUUGUCCCCCGGCAACCCGAGAAGGCAAAUCUUUCCAUCGAAUCCAUGUCUUUCAAGUCGUGCGGCUACGUAUGCUUGGAUGUGCCUGCUAUUGAUAACCUCAGCACAUUACCUACCCGGCCCCCUUGGCAAGAGUCGCAAGAAACUACCACGAGGCGCAGGGAGCUUUUAUCCUUCAUGCAGAUGUGCCCCGACAGGAUGGCAGCUCGGAUCACCAACUUUUUAACGACGCAGGAACAGUACAACCUGACAACUGCGUAUGGCAUGGACAGUGAGUGGACCAACGUCUACGAAGAAGAAGUCAUUGAGGCUGCCAAGCGAGAUGGGGUCUUGCGUCCAGGCAAGGGCCGCUUCAGCGGCAACAUUACCAAGACGGUCAGCUAG